ACCUCACCGCCCCAGAAAGCGCCGGAGCCACCCGCCUGCCGCUCCGCUGUUCCCAUCCCGCCGACCUCCCCCACCCCCUCCCCCUCCCCCUCCCACCUCGCAUCCCAACCCCACCACCGCGCCACCAACCCACACCACGCGGCGACCCUACUUCUCGCGCCGAUCGCUCGCUCGCUCGCCCAACCUCCUGCCGCCCCGCCCCUCGGCCCAGAUCUGGUGGACCUCGGCGUCGGCCUCGCUCGUGCACCCGGUCCUGCGGGGAGGGCCGGCCAGGCCGGUCCAUGGUUUCCGCCGCGGCGCAGGUGGGCGUGCUGGCGGCGUGCGUGGUGCUCUUCGUCCCCAUGGGGCUCGCCGGCUGGCACCUCAGCCGCAACAAGGUGCUCUUCUUCUCCGGCGCGCUCUUCGUCUCCCUGGCCGUCGGGGUCCACCUCUCCCCGUACCUCCCCUCGCUGCCCCACCUCCUCGUCUCCUCCUUCCACCCCCUCCGCCCCGCUGCCCCGUCCUCCUCCUCCUCCGCCUCCUGCAUCUCCGUCCUGCACCGCGUGUCGUGGGCGGACGCCGAGCCCCACGGCGGGGGCCGCGCCUGGUCGUGGCCGCCCUCGCUCGCCGCCACCUGCGGCUUCGCACGGCUGACGCGGGACGACGCCUCAACCCUGCUCAACGGCUCCUGGGUCAUGGUGGCCGGGGACUCGCAGGCGCGCCUGCUCGUGCUCGCGCUGCUGCGCCUCCUGCUCGACCCGGCCGCCGCAGCGGCCGCGGAGCCGGAGCUGUUCCGCCGCCACAGCGACUACCACGCUGCCGUGCCGGCGCGGGGCAUCUCCGUGGAUUUCAUAUGGGCGCCCUUCGAGAGCAACCUCACGCGUCUGCUUCGCGAGGAUCUCCGCCUGGCGCCGCGCACCCCCGACGUGCUCGUGCUCGGAUCCGGCCUCUGGCACAUGCUCCAUGUCACCGACGCCCCGCAGUACGGCGAAGCAUUGGCGUCCAUUGCUGAUGCGGCCAACUCCCUCCGCUCGCCACUCCCCGUGCCACCGCCGCACAUGUUCUGGCUCGGCCUGCCGCGGCUUGUCAACCCUAUGCUCAACACUGAUGCCAAGAAGGAGCAUAUGAACGACACAAUGCUGCAAGCCUAUGACCGUGAGGUUGAUGAGAGGUGUAUCUUGCGCCGUGAUGGUGGCCCAUUCCGGCUGCUAGAUGUGGGAAAGCUCUCCCGGGGAUGUGAGCAGCAAUGCACGGCCGACGGGAUGCAUUACAACGGCGUGGUGUAUGAUGCUGUCAUGCAUAUCAUGCUCAAUGCUUUAGUGAUUGAGUCGCAACAAAGGAUCUGACUAGUUGUAGGGGUUCUUGAAGCAGGUGUGCUCCCAACCCCUCUUCUUUUGGUUCGUUACAGUACAUGGGUAAUUAGAAUGUGUUGUGAGAUAGGAAGGUUCUUUUGAUUGUUUCGGCAUUUUGGUUGCGUGCCAGAAAUCGCCAUCAGAUUGCUCAACCUUAGAGUGUAAUAUAGGGACAUCUUAGAACCACACAGUUUCUGGCUGAAUGGUAAACAGAGAUGAUGUAUUGUAUACUUUUUCUCGGGUAAUAACUAAGAUGGUGAUUCUGA